UUUUUCCUGAUUGAGAGCCGUUCGAAUUCGACGAGGCUGAGGAAUUCGUGCGUUAAAAAAAAUACUACAUUUUCGCGAAUAUGAGGUGAAAGUGAUACGAUACCAUUUUAUGAGGAAUAUCGUGAAGUGAACGGGAUUUCUGUGCCAAUUUCAAAGCAAGCGUUAGCAGAUCGAGGAGUCCAUUCGAGAUUUUCUGCAGCGUUUCAUCAUGGAGGAAUGUUCGCGAAAGCUGUUCCAAAGCGCGAGUGCCAGGGUAGCUCCAAAUCAGCAUCAUACAGGUUCCAAUGGACCGCAAAGGGAUUCUUUAGCCAUUUUCAGCCUGCAAUAUCACGAAAUGGUGCAGACCAAUUUCCUAAGAAUAUUCAGUGAACAGAAGAUUUACGCACUGCUUUGGGUGCUGGUGGUCUCGUGUGCCAUAGAAUCCCACUUUGAAGAAAUAUUCCUGAAUGAUGACGUUCCUGAACAACCGAGCACAGGCUUUGUCAGAGUAGAUGUGCCUCAUCAUCACAUCACGAAUCUUGAAGAUUACUUCACCAAGAGAACAACAUCAUCAAAAAGUGUCAAACGCUCAACUCCGCGUAAAAAACAAGAAUCCACGACGUCUACUUUUACAUCUACAAGAAGUCCUCGACUAGUGAAGAGACUGAAAGUCUCGACUGCGAGAAGACUAAAGGAGCAAGAGUUCACAACAUCUAUGGCUCCGUUUAUAUCAUCAGGUGGUUCUAAAGUGGGAAGGUCUACUACGAAAUCGAAAGAGCGGAUUUUAGAGGAAUUCCGGGCAGAAUUAGACCAGGUUGAAUCUGAAUCUCCAAAAGACGGAUUUUCCAGCAUAGCUGAAGCCAUGGAAGCAAUAGAUAGAAAUGCGAAGAUGUUGUCUGACAAGGUUUUGUAUCCUUUAGGGGCUAGUGGAAGACGGGGGUUAUUUAAUGAUGCUGAAAAUAUUCCUGAACUUUCAGCCAAGCAAGAUGAUGAAGCCCUGAAGAAAACAAACACACAAAUUAUGAUGCAUGGCAACAACAACAACAACAGAGAAUCUGUCAUCCAUUCGUUUGAUGAGAAUCCGCGCACUGCUUUUCCUCAAAUUACUCACACUAUCCCAGCAAGUCCAAAGAAACCUGAAUUAUAUUCCAUUCUGCAAAAUAACUUUCCCAGAAAAUCCAUUGAUGAAGACAAUGAACAAUCUGAUUCACCUCCAUCAGAUGAAACCUCAGGACAAGGGAAAAAUGUCCUCUUGGAGACAGACAUUUUGGAUGAGGAUCAAAUCAGCAAAGGCAAAAAAUCUGAAAGCCUAGUCUUGGGACUCAAUGAAAAAUCACGCAGCGGGAACUCCAAUAGAAAACCUCUAUAUCCACACUUGAAUGACAGAACUAAGCACCAAAACCAGCCAAUAGGUCAACAUUGGUCUGAGAAAGGUCAAAUCCAACUGCAUCAAAAAGGACAGCUUCAUGAUCAUGCUUCAUUGACAAAUCCUGAUCCAAAUGCUCAAAGAGUGCCAGACAUUUCCAAGGAUGACUCAUUUCCACAAGAUGCAUUUGCUGAAAAUGUCAAAAGCAGAGAUAAACCUGUCCUGAUUGGACUCAUUCCAUAUGCCUUGAUGUCAAACAAACCUGGAUUUCCUAAAGAGAAGGGCAGGAGACAUCAGCAGAGGGAGCAUUGCAGCAAAGUUGUGUUGAUGAAACCAGACCAGCACUCUGCAGAGCAAGUUCACAUGCAGCAUGCACAUCAGAAGCAACAAGUCCCUUGA